AUGGGCUCAACAAACCCCGCAGAUGAGAUCCCUGGCUCUGCGUUAGAUUUGACUGUUCUCGGUCUCAAUAGUGGCACGUCGAUGGAUGGCAUUGAUUGUGCACUUUGCCGAUUUCGUCAAGAGACACCGCAGUCGCCCAUGCAUUUUGAGUUGCUGAAAUAUGGCGAAAUUCUAUUGGAGCCAGUGAUUAAGAAGCGAGUAAUGAAUAUGAUCCUGCACAACCAUACUUCGCCCUCCGAACUCUCAGAAGUAAAUGUGAUUCUCGGCGAGACGUUCGCAUCCGCCGUGCAUCAAUUCUGCAAAGAGUUUCAAGUCGAGAUCAACUCGAUCGACGUUCUAGGCUCCCAUGGGCAAACGAUUUGGCUUCUAUCCAUGCCACAGCCUGGUGAGACGCGCAGUGCUUUAACGAUGGCAGAAGGCUCCUUUUUGGAAUCUCGCACCAAUAUUAUCUCUGUCACCGACUUUCGUGUCAAUGAUCAAGCAGCCGGUCGCCAAGGGGCACCUCUGAUAGCUUUCUUCGAUGCCCUUGUACUGCAUCAUCCGACCAAGUUACGUGCCUGCCAAAAUAUUGGCGGUAUUGCAAUCGUUUGCUUUAUCCCACCUGAUACCCAUGGCGAUGGCCAAUGCGAAUACGAUAAGGACGGUGAGAUGGGCGCCCGGGGAUCUGUAGAUCAACAGCCCGUGGACGAGUUCCUGAGACAUCCCUACUUUGCUUUAGAUCCCCCCAAAACUACUGGCCGCGAAGUUUUCCGCGAUACGCUUGCACAUGAAUUGAUCAAGAAGGCAGAGGUUAAUGGCUUGAAACCCGACGAUGUUGUUGCUACUAUCACUCGCGUUACUUCACAAGCUAUCGUCGAUCAUUAUCGUCGCUAUGCACCCGAGGGACUUGAGAUCGCAGAGAUAUUCAUGUGCGGUGGUGGGGCGUAUAAUCCAAACAUUACGGCUUUCAUCCAGAAAAACUAUCCUAACACCAAGAUCCUCAUGCUUGAUGAUGCUGGGAUCCCAGGCGGUGCGAAAGAGGCCAUCACUUUUGCCUGGCAAGGCAUGGAAGCAAUUGUCGCUCGCUCGAUCCCAGUUCCCACUCGCGUGGAAAAUCGCCAAGAUUAUGUAUUGGGAAAGAUAUCCCCAGGGAAAAACUACCGCAAGGUUCUACGUCAUGGUAUGCUGUUCGGUGCUGGUCGUGAUCAUUUGGCACCUGUCAAAGAAUUGGUGAAUUAUGUCGAUGGUCGGGUUUUCGAUAAUAAAUGGUGA